AUUUCAUUGUGCACAUGAGCUUUUCUCGAUUGUGUGCCGCAUAGAGCGAGUGAAUGGCGAAAGGGGGACCAGAAAAUGGAAUCCAUAGAAAAAUGGAACAAAGACUUUAUAGCACUUAAGCUGCUAGAUAAGAAGCUGCAUUCAAAAAAGAAUGGCAGGACGGGCAUGAUCGCUAAGCAUCUUCAGAAUACUUUCAAGAUCCACAAUUGCUUACAGUCUGCCAUCACUCGAUCAGAAUGUGCUACGGGUUCCUGUCCGAACCUGAUCAUGAGUAGGAACGAGCAUCCCGAGCCGCGGCAGGUCACCGUGGCUCUCACCCCCCAGCUGCCCCCUAGGGCCCACCGGCCUCUCUGCCUCUCUGUCUCAUCUGACAGCAAUGGCCGCUUCAAGGCCCUGGAGACACAGGAAUGGAAAAACAACCUCAAAGCGCAGAUGGAGCAAGCCCAUAGUGUGGGAGCAGCCAGCAGCACUGGCUCAUUGGAGAGGGCCUCUCUCUUCUGUGCCUCGGGCUCCACCACCACCUCCAGCUCGGGCCUGUCCAGCCCCGUGGAGACCCUCGCCAAGAGCAAGUCCUCCAGCCGCUUCUCCCUCUUCUCCCCGCCCUGGAACAGCAGCUCCGAGUCGGACUCCAACCCUCCUUCCCGCUCCGGCUCCAAGAAGCUGCGCAACUAUAGGAGAGGCGGGGUGGGGUCAGGGCUGGGUGGGGCCGGGGGAAAAGGGGAGGAGACUCCGGAGGCCAAGCAGGGCACGACCGAGCACUUCCAGUACUCAGAACCGGUCAUCUCGAAGGUGACAGACUACAUCUACGUGGGCAACCUGAAUGCGGCCUACAGCGGGCGUGCCCUCUGCCGCAACAACAUCGACAGCAUCAUCGACAUGAGCAGCCUCCCCGAGGACACCAGCCUCAGCCUCAUCCCUUGCACCUGCUCCCGUGGCGCCCGCCACAGCUGGUCCCGCCUCAAGGUAGACAUCGGCGACGCGUCCGACGCCGCCAGCGUCCCCGCCCUCAAGCGCCGCUGCUUCGAGGACAUCAACGAGUGCAUCGAGGCGUCGGCCGAGAAGAAGAAGCGCGUGCUGGUGCACUGCCGUGACGGCUACUCCCUGGCCCCCACCUGCAUCAUCCAGUACCUCAUGGUCAAGCAGAAUAUGAGGCUCAUUACGGCCUACGAGCUGCUGAGGGCCAAGUACCCGGUGAACAUCAGAGAGGCCCACCAAAACCUGCUGGUGAGCCUGGAGAAGGCCCUUCGGCCUGGGGGCGACGUGGACCCAGAGUGCUUCAAGCAGGCCAUCUCCCGCAAAAUGGCCUGGACCUGACUUUCUUGCACAUUCACUCCAUUGGUUGUUUUUUUUUUGUUUGUGUUUUUGGUCUUCUAUUUUGUUUUUACCCCAUUUCAGAAAAGUGAUCCUUUCACUCCCCCACACCACAUGCCCCUCCCGUAAAACCCAACAAUGAACCUUACAAUGUGUGGAGAAUGGACGUUAUUUUACUCUUUUCAACUGUGUCAGGACAAAAAUGACAACCGAGAUGUUCACUCCGUACACAUUCUCACAUCCUCACCUUGACUGAGAUUUCUGUGGUUUACUGAUGGGAUGCCAACUUUACCCUGCGGGAAUUUUGGACCUGCCGUCACAGUUCUGAAAACAGAGCUGUUUAUUGUCCCACAAUCACCACAGCCAUAGUGCAAAUUCAGCACUGUUUUUCUUUCAGGGCCUUUGGGGGAAGUUCUCAGGUGAGCGAAUGAUGUCAAUCAAACAGAGCUGCAGGAUGAGAAGGAGGAAGACUGUCUCUGCCUCAGUCUCUGAGCUGAUGGGGCCGGCACAGACCGCUGCUCACUACCCAUAUCAAUGUGAAUAUAAGUGUGGAAGAGAUUCAGAGUUGUUCUAGGGGAGCAAAUAGGGGAGUGACUGCCAGUGUAAUCUGCUUAUUGCAGAAUUUGUAUGAUCGUAAUAGACUUGUAGCUUGUCAUUUUGGUGGUGUUUUUAGCCAUUGGUUACCAAUGGCUAUUGUUGCCAGUACUAUCGCCAUCAUAUCUGCUAACCAUAGCAGUACACUGCCGGUUAGCCUUAUGACUUUCUAUGUUAGUCCACCAGUAGGAUGGUGCAUACCAGGACAGUGUCCUCCGUGAGGACUUAAAUCAGUGGUGAUCCCUGUCUUGUGAACAUUACAUUGAAUAAAAGCUGCUUUGGUGCUCAGGCGACGUGUGGUUGUUGUGGUUGCCUCGUUGCAGGUGUUAUUUGCAGGUAAAUCACAGACUGCAUUGCUGGUGAAUGUCAGUAUUGGCGAGCAAAUUGGGUUGAGCUGUGAUACAGUGCAAUACUGCAAAACAUCUUGUGGGAGGGGGGAAAAAAUCCAAUUUCAAUAAAUGAAGAACUGACAUUCAUUCGGAACAGCUGUGUAAGGCAAGACGGGAGACAUCUUGUGUAACAUUAAAAACAUUAAACAUUAAAACAUAAAAACUAGUAAACUGUUAAGUGGAGGCAACUUUGAUGUGACGUUCUUCCCAGACACCCAGCUUCACUAAGACAGACCACCUUGAUGAAACUUU